AUGGCUGGCUCGAGGAUUGGCGGGAGGGUGGAUGGGCCUCGUCUGCGGAACAGCGAAGCGUCCGCUGAAAGGCCCCAGUCCUCUAAUGAGAAAUAUAGGAUGGACGAGAUCAAGGAGUCCCAACCGACUCAAGUCAACUUGAAUGCGAACCUCGAGGCAAAAAUACAGAACCCGCUUGCCGGAAUUCCACAACAGCUGCUCUUGCACGAAGUGGACGAUUUCGCGAACGAGAAAGGCCUCGGAGAUAUCAUUCCAUUGCUGAGGAAAGGCGCGCUGGUGGCAAGGGACCCGACGAAUUACGAGGAUAUCGAUGGCCCGGAAAGACUCAGCGACGAGGAGGUGGAAGCGUUAAGAAACGAAGUACUGCACAAGUGGAGGCAACCCAAGGCGCUCUAUUUUACGAUCGUAUGCUGUUCAAUUGGUGCAGCUGUCCAGGGAUGGGAUCAAACGGGUUCUAACGGAGCGAACUUGACGUUUCCGAAAUACAUGGGCAUCCACACGAACUCAACUCGAGAUGUCCUGCUGGUCGGCUUAGUCAAUGCAGCUCCCUAUAUUGGGUCUGCCAUCCUUGGGUGCUGGCUGUCUGAUCCGUUAAAUCAUUACUUAGGCCGACGAGGGACGAUAUUUGUAUCUGGAAAUUUCUGCUUAUGGUCUGUCAUUGGAUCUGCUUUCACGCAUACCUGGCCGCAACUAUUCAUCUGCCGAAUUAUCUUGGGUCUUGGGAUGGGUGCAAAGGCAAGCACAGUACCAAUAUACGCUGCUGAGAACUCACCAGCGGCUAUUCGCGGCGCAUUGGUCAUGAGCUGGCAAAUGUGGACCGCUUUCGGCAUCUUCCUCGGGUUCUGCGCCAAUCUGGUCGUAGCUGAAGUCGGGGACAUCGCCUGGCGUCUCCAACUUGGAUCGGCAUUUAUUCCAGCUGUCCCCCUUGUUAUCCUUGUCUACCUGUGCCCCGAGUCUCCUCGCUGGUACAUGAAGAAAGGCCUAUAUCAUAAAGCCUAUAACUCGCUUCUCCGGCUUCGGAACAACCCUAUCCAAGCAGCACGCGAUCUCUACUACAUCCACUCACAACUAGAGCUAGAGGCUCAGAUUAUUGGACGGAACACAUACAUGAAUAGAUUUAUCGAGCUCUUUACUAUCCCGCGCUUACGACGUGCCACUCUUGCCGCAUUUACCGUUAUGAUGGCUCAACAAAUGUGUGGAAUUAACGUCAUUGCAUUCUACUCAUCGACUGUGUUUGUCGACGCGGGAGCCACGCCUCAUCAGGCUCUAAUUGCGAGUUUUGGGUUUGGAUUGGUCAACUUUGUGUUUGCUUGGCCUGCUAUAUGGACUAUCGACACCUACGGACGACGUAGCCUGCUCUUGUUUACUUUUCCUAACAUGGCAUGGAGCUUGCUGGCCGUCGGCCUUUCCUCCCUCAUCCCGACUGAAAGCAAAGCUCAUCUUGGACUUAUGGCCUUGUUUAUUUACGUUUUUGGAAUUUUCUACAGUCCAGGCGAGGGACCUGUACCAUUCACAUACUCUGCUGAAGUAUUUCCUUUAUCACAUCGUGAAGUCGGCAUGGGAUGGGCCGUUGCUGUUAAUCUUCUCUGGGCGGCUAUCCUCAGUAUUACAUUGCCCAAAAUGAAGGAUGCCAUGGGUAUUUUGGGUGCUUUUCUCUUUUAUGCCGGGCUGAACGUCAUUGCAUUCUGCAUGAUCUUCCUUUGGGUGCCUGAAACUAAGCAGCGCACUCUCGAAGAGUUGGAUUACGUUUUUGCUGUUCCAACCCGCACACAUAUGCACUACCAACUCACCCAAGCACUACCAUGGUGGGUCAACCGCUAUGUUUUCCUAAAACGGAAAACACCUGGUCUCCAACCGCUCUACCAAUUCGACUCCCCCACAGGACGAUCACAGAUCGACCAGCUCUACGCAAACGACAAGAUCCGCGCAGUACAGCGGGCCAACAGCCCUACCGUGACCCAUGAGCCAAAUCGGAGCGAUCCCCCGCAUCCAGGCUCCCAAGGGUCCACUGUCUCUCGGGGACAUGUUCCUACUACGCCGACGUAUAAUUUUUGA